AUGUCAAAUUUAACUACUUCAAUUCAGUUAACUAAACAAUCAACUUAUAAAUUAAAUAAUGGUCAACACAUUCCUGUCGCCGGAUUUGGAACUUAUUUAAUUGAUGCUUCUAAGACAAGCGAUUUAGUUUAUCAAGCCUUGAAAGAUGGUUAUAGACAUAUAGAUACUGCUAUGGUUUAUGGAAAUGAAAAAGAGGCAGCUGAAGGUAUCGCCAAAUUCUUAAAAGAUUAUCCAGAUGUUAAAAGAGAAGACAUUUGGUUCACAACCAAAAUUUUCAAUGAAUAUCAAGGAUACGAAAAGACGAAAGAAGCAGUUGAAAUAAUAAGUAAAGAUGUUAAACAAUAUAUUGAUUAUGUUGAUUUAAUAUUAAUUCAUUCACCAAAAACUUCUAAAGAUAAAAGAUUAGGAACAUACAAGGCAUUACAAGAAUUUGUUAUUGAUCCAAAUAAUAAAGUUUUAAAUGUUAAAUCAAUUGGUGUUUCAAAUUAUGGAAUUGAUCAUUUAGAAGAAUUAUUUGCAUGGGAUGGAUUCUUAAUUAAACCAGUAGUAGAUCAAUUAGAAUUACAUCCAUUUUUACCAAGAUUGAAAUUAAGAGAAUAUUUAAUCAAACAUGAUAUAUUAGCAGAAGCAUAUUCGCCAAUUACACAAGGUAAAAGAUUAAAAGAUCCAGAAUUACUUGAGUUAAGUGAAAAAUACAAUUUAUCCCCAGUAGAAAUUUUGCUAAAAUGGGCAUAUUUACAAGGAUUUAUAGUUUUAGUUAAAACUGAAAACCCGAAAAGAAUAAAAGAAAAUUUAAAUAUUUUACCUGAUGGAAUCAAAAAUGGUGAUGAUGAUGAAUUAGAAGAAAAAAUUCAUUUAGGUAAAGUUGAUUUGGAACCUGAAAUUAUUGAAGCUUUGGAUAAACCUGAAUCUGCUGAAGUUUUAACUUGGGGUGGUAAAGAUCCUACUUUAUUUAAAGAUGGUGAUAAUUAA